AUGAAGUUUGUGAAUAAUGCAUUGAAGGAUACGUUUUGGGAGAAUAUGAAUGCUAAUGUAAAAUAUAUUAACAAUCCUCUAGCUUGUAUCUAAGGGUGCAUUAAUUGUUAAAAUGGAGUUAACUCCUGUCUUAGUUGCUCUUCUGAUUAUUUAUUGAUCAAUGAUUAUUGCUGUGGUAAUAAUAAUUUUUAAAAUAAUUUAGUAUAAAAACAAUGUGAAUUAUAUAACGAAAGCUGUUUGUGUACAAAAUGUUUUAAUGGCUAUUAUUUAAAUGAUACCACCUGCGUUGACUGUUCAAACCAUUGUAAUAAUUGCGAAUCAGGAACUCAAUGUAACUCAUGUGAUUCUGGCUAUCAGAUAGUCAAUGGAUAAUGUGAGGCAUGCACAAGUACUUAAUACUACUCUUCUGGCCAUUGUUAUGAUUGCUCUACUACUUGUAAAUCAUGUUUGAACAGUGUAUCAAAUUGUACAACAUGCAAUUCAGGAAGAUACCUUGAAGGCAAUCAAUGUUUACCUUGUGCAAGUCAAUGUGUGGAGUGCGAAAGCUCUAGUUAAUGUACUAUAUGUAUUCCUGGAUAUUGGCUUAAUAAUUCCACUUGUACUAAAUGCAAUGAUAAAUGCACCACUUGCACAUCUGAAACUACAUGCUCAUCUUGCACUGAUGGCUACUACAUUGACGGAACUUCAUGCUAAACUUGUCCAACUGGAUGUACUAAGUGCAACAGUGCUUCUGAAUGUACUUCUUGCCAAUCAAAUUAUUAUUUGGAUGGUACUUGUAAAUAAUGUUCUCCUGGAUCAUUCAUAUCAGGAAAUGGUUGCUCUGAUUGCAACAGCCUUUGUGCCACCUGUGAAACUUCAGCCACCAAUUGUUUAUCCUGC